UAACUCCGUAAAGCUUCAGCAACGCGAGUCGUUUAUAAAGUCCAUGAAAUUUGUUGGUGGUGAUUCGUCUUCGAACUUAUUUGAAGGUGAUCACUAAUUAUGGCUAUGGCUCUCUGCGCUGCCAGAAAUGUAUCCCUUUUAUCGGGAGCAAAAGCACUUGGUGUUCGCUGUUUCAAUGUAUCGUUUGCUCACCAGAAUGUUGCUCCAAGUCGAAAAACUCUUUCAAAACCUGGUGUUCGGAAUGUUGUAUUAGUAGAAGGUAUCCGUAUUCCAUUUUUGACCUCUGGAACAACCUAUGUUAACCUUAUGCCUCAUGAUUUAGCUCGAAAUGCAUUGCUUGGUUUAGUUAAGCGAACAAACUUGUCAAAAGAUGCUGUGGACUAUAUUAUCAUGGGUACUGUAAUACAAGAAGUGAAAACAAGCAACAUAGCAAGAGAAGCAAGUUUAGGAGCUGGUUUCUCAGACAAAAUUCCUGCCCACACAGUCACCCAAGCUUGUAUAUCAUCAAACCAAGCAAUUACUUCAGCUAUAGGGUUAAUAGCUUCAGGGAACUGUGAUGCUGUUAUUGCUGGUGGUGUGGAGUUUUUGUCAGAUGCUCCAAUCCGAUUGAGUCGUAAAAUGAGGAAGCUGUUGCUGUCGCUAAACAAAGCUAAAAAGCUUCCCCAGAAGCUUUCUUUGAUCAGCCAAAUGUUGACCCCUUCUUCUCUGACUCCUGAUCUUCCAUCAGUGUCUGAAUUCUCUACUGGAGAAACAAUGGGCCAUUCUGCUGACAGACUAACAUCAGCUUUUUCUGUCUCCCGCCAAGAACAGGAUGAAUAUGCCCAAAGGUCACAUAUGUUUGCACAAGAAGCUUCUGACAAAGGAUUGCUUACCGAUAUUGUUCCCUAUAAAGUAGCAGGCAAGGCUGAAAUGGUUGUGAAGGACAAUGGUAUCCGUCCUUCUUCUAUGGAAAAACUACAAAAACUGAAACCAGCUUUUAUUAAACCACAUGGUACUAUCACUGCAGCAAAUUCUUCAUUUCUGACUGAUGGUGCUUCAGCUUGCCUUUUGAUGUCAGAAGAAAAGGCCUUAGCCAUGGGCUUCAAACCCAAAGCAUACCUACGAGAUUUUGUCUAUGUCUCUCAAGAUCCUAAAGAUCAACUUCUUCUAGGUCCAGCAUAUGCAACACCUAAAGUCCUUGAGAAAGCAGGUCUCCAAUUAAGUGAUAUCAGUGUAUUUGAAUAUCAUGAAGCCUUUGCAGGACAAAUCCUGGCCAAUCUUAAGGCAAUGGAUUCUGACUGGUUUGCCAAAACCUAUAUGGGACGCAGUUCAAAAGUUGGAACUCCUGAUCUUUCAAAAUUUAACCUGUGGGGAGGUUCUUUAUCUAUUGGUCACCCAUUUGGUGCAACUGGAGUGCGAUUAGUUACUACAGCAGCCAAUCGUUUACACAAAGAAGGUGGGCAGUAUGGGCUUGUGGCAGCAUGUGCAGCUGGAGGCAUUGUAAGUUACAUUUUAGUAUUUUAAAGAUGUCAUA